ACUGAACUAUACUAUUGUCGGAUUUAUCUGAAUGGUAUAGGGUUCUCAUUUUGCUGUGACCACCACACCAGAGCUUGACCAGAUUAUAAACACACUCUGUUCACUCAAGAGUAUCCAGUGUCUGAUAAACACACUGAUAACAAAAAUGGGUAAGGGAGGGACCAUGGAGGAGAACAUGGCUGCUUGGCUUGUUGGUAUCAACACCCUCAAGAUUCAACCUUUCAAGCUCCCUGAUCUUGGACCUCAUGAUGUUAGGAUUCGGAUGAAGGCUGUUGGGAUAUGUGGGAGUGAUGUUCACUACCUCAAGGCCAUGAGGUGUGCAGAUUUUAUAGUUAAAGAGCCAAUGGUAAUUGGGCAUGAGUGUGCUGGGAUCAUAGAGGAAGUUGGGGCUGAAGUCAAGCAUCUGGCACCUGGUGACCGCGUGGCACUAGAGCCCGGCAUCAGUUGCUGGCGAUGUGAGUCCUGCAAAGAAGGUCGCUACAAUCUAUGCCCGGAUAUGAAGUUUUUCGCCACUCCACCAGUUCAUGGUUCACUGGCAAACCAGGUUGUCCAUCCUGCAGACCUGUGUUUUAAACUGCCAGAGAAUGUGAGUUUGGAGGAAGGGGCAAUGUGUGAGCCCUUGAGUGUUGGUGUUCAUGCUUGUCGACGAGCUAAUGUUGGCCCAGAAACAAAUGUUUUGGUCAUGGGAGCAGGACCUAUAGGGCUUGUUACACUGCUAGCUGCUCGCGCUUUUGGGGCACCCAGAAUUGUCAUUGUGGACGUGGAUGACCACCGUUUAUCAGUUGCAAAGACUCUUGGUGCAGAUGAGAUCGUAAAAGUUUCAACAAACAUCCAGGAUGUAGCUGAAGAAGUGGUUCAGAUAGGUAAAGCUAUGGGAGCUGGAGUGGACGUGACCUUUGAUUGUGUAGGCUUUGAUAAAACCAUGUCAACAGGUCUGCGUGCUACUCGUCCUGGUGGCAAAGUUUGCCUUGUGGGAAUGGGUCACGAUGCGAUGACUCUCCCACUUACUUCAGCUUCCGCCAGGGAGGUAGAUGUGAUUGGAAUUUUCCGAUACAAGAACACAUGGCCUCUAUGCCUCGAGUUUUUGAGAAGUGGUAAGAUCGAUGUGAAGCCCCUCAUAACUCAUCGGUUUGGGUUUUCUCAAAAGGAGGUGGAAGACGCCUUUGCAACCAGUGCUCGUGGAGGCAAUGCCAUUAAGGUCAUGUUUAAUCUGUAAAGGCAGCUGCGGCUUUAUGUAUCAGAUCUAACGCUGUAAAGAUUAGAGAAGAUUACCAACAUUAUGAUUGAAUAAAUAUCUUCUCGUUCAAGUUUUAUCUGUAAGGUCAGCUACAAAAUGACCUCUCUACUUCAAGCUAAUAUGAGUACAGACUUGCUAUGUGACUAAAGUUUGGAGAGUUUGUAGUA